GAGGUGUUGCUGGCGAACUAGUGACUCGUGUUCAAGGAGAUUGCCAUUUAGUUAUUAACGGUUUAAUAGCAACAAUACUUCGUUAUGUGGAAUUGUAUGUUGACAAGUGUUUUAUUCUCAACGGUAUUAUUAGGUUGUUUUGCCCAGAAUCCUAAUGAUAGGCCGAAACUUUCUAUUCAACCUGCGGGAAGUAGCCAAACACGACCAGCCGGAGAGGCCUUUGUUCUCACGUGUACGGGUGAAAGUUAUGAUAACACCUUAUUCUCAGAUAUGAGAUGGGAAGCUCCAAAUGGAGAAGUGCUUGGUAAAGGUGGAAGUUACCAGGAAGUUGAAGUUCAUAAGAUAAAGAACAGCAUACUGUCACUUGUGGUUGUGAAUCCUAAAACAGAAUACGCGGGCCAGUAUACUUGUAGAGCUACUUAUAAUGACACCAAAAUUUUAGAAAGUGGAGUUGAAAUAAAUUUCUUUCAUGAUAUUACAUGGAAUGAUUGCCUUAACAAACAAUCUCUGAUUGUCAACCAACCAGGAGAGUUGAAGUGUGUUGUUUCAGCUAAUCCUUCUCCUCAAGUUUCUUGGACAAAGAUUGAGGGAAUAGACACUACUUAUUUGGAUGAAUCACGUUUCAAAGUUGAUAAAAGUGGAGUUUUAAUAUCUAAGGUACUUGAAGAUGAUGAUGGAAAGUACCGUAUCCAAGCAAUUGUCACAGAAACUGGAAGAUUCGAGCAUAAAGAUAUCAUCUUGGAGGUUCUUAUUCCUCCUAACAUCACAGACUACCAAAAUGAGGUUCAAGGAAUGGAAAAGGAGGAAAUUGUACUCUAUUGUAAGGCUGAUAUUGGUUAUCCGGAACCUGUGUACCACUGGUUUGAUAAGAAUGGUACUAAACUCGGAUCCCAAGAAAGAUUUGUAGUUCAUGAAACUAAUGGAAGCAUAACAAUACAAAAUUUGAAGAAAGAAGAUGCAGGCACUUAUACAUGUAUGGCACAAAACAAAGUUGGUCAAGAUGAGAGAAAGGUGCAACUUACAGUCUUCUCCAAACCAAAAAUAAUACAGUUUGAAAAUAUAACUGCAUUAGAAGAAACAACGGGGUUAUUGGAGUGCCAUGCUUCUGGUGUUCCAUCUCCAGAACUGACCAUCUUGAAAGAAAAUCAGCAGAUUGAGUCUGAUGAUAGAAUCUUCAUAGAGAAGAUCAAAGAAGAGGAGGUUGUAAUCCUGACUAUGACCAUUAAUAAAAUUAGUAGAGACGAUGAUGCAGAGUAUUUAUGCCUUGCAGAAAAUGUAGCUGGAAGUGUAGAGAAUGCAGGACACUUGUCAGUAGAAUCUAAACCAAAAAUUGUUGGACCUAAAUCGGAGAUCAUGAAGACAUGGAUUAAUAAUCCUGUCAACAUAACCUGUGUAUUUGAUUCAUUUCCUGUUGUAACCAUAAAGUGGUCUUUCAAUGGACUAGAGAUAGUGUCUGAUCAAAGUGAAACUUACAGAAUUUUUGAAAGUGAAGGACACAGUAAUCUGUUG